AUGGAUCUGUUUAAGUUGAUUGCUACUACUCAUUCCAUGUUUUCAUCAGAAAGAGUGGUGCUUCCAAAAGCGGCGGGAAUUUAUGAAUUAGACAGCACAGCAUCUACCAACGCCCAAAUAGCAGCAUUGACAAAACAUGGAGAGUUAUUGGUGAAGUCACAAACAAAAGGAGCACAUGCAGUUAUAACUGGACCAUCCUGCGAAAACUGCAGAGCAAAUCACCUAACAGAAAAUUGCACAUCUAUGGGGUUUUCGGAAGAACGGAAUCAGCAAGCAUCCAUUAAGAAGCUGGAAACUCAAAUUGGUCAAAUUGCUCAACAGCUUGCAGAACGCCCACGAAGGACAUUGCCAAGCAACACAAUGGUCAAUCAAAAAGAGCAAGUGCAAGCUAUUAUGACUAGAAGUGGAGUGCAACUUCUAGAGAUACAUGUGAAGAGACCAGACAGAAAAGACAAAGAAGCAAUGGGUGAAGAGGCUGGGAUAGAAGCAGAGUUUGAACAACCAACCAAUGAAGAGGAUAAAAGGAUAGAAACACCCACAGUGAGAGCACCCAGCCCCGAGAAAGCUUAUGUGCCACCAAUUUCCUUCCCUCAGAGGCUACAGAGAAAGAAGUUGGACAAGCAGUUUGCCAAGUUUGUAGAGAUUUUCAAGAAACUGUUCAUCAAUAUUCCAUUUGCAGAUGCAAUUGCCCAAAUACCCAGCUAUGCUAAAUUCUUGAAGGAGAUCUUGUCUAACAAAAGAAAGUUGGAAGAACAUGAGAUAGUCUGCCUGAACGAAGAGUCUCUUGGAUUGGGAGAAACAAAACUUACAACAAUCUCAUUGCAACUAGCUGACAGAUCAAUCAAACGAUCGAAGGGGAUUAUUGAAGAUGUACUAGUCAAAGUUGAUAAAUUCAUUUUUCCGGCUGACUUUAUCGUUUUAGACAUGGAAGAAGAUUCAAACAUCCCUCUAAUCUUGGGAAGACCCUUCUUAGCUACCUGA